UAAUGGCGGCCCUGCAGUUUGUUGCGAUAUGAUGCAUCUACAAUUUUUCGUGACCGUGACUAAUGAAAGUCUUUGUCUACACUUCAUUUAAAGUAGUCUGAAGAUCUCAGCAUUAGAUUUCGCUGGUUCGACCAUUUAGUAAUCAGCCGUAAUCAGUGCGUUGCCUACAUUAAACAUCGAACCGGUCGAACCUAUCGAACUGUGGUAGAAAAGAAUGUGGGGAAGGGCGUUUUGCAUGCGUAUUGUAUCUCCGUAAUGGGUCCUGUUAUAGGAGACAGUAACGGAAUUUCAGACGAGGAAUAUCUCGUUUUACGCGCAAAAGACGCCCUGAAAAGUGAUCCAUAUGCCGCGAAGGCAUGGAUGAUAACAGCUAAAACACUGUUCCCGAAUAACUUUGCCGUACAGUUUGAAGCGUACCACAUUGAGAAAGCAGCCAAAAAUGUGAAAGAAGCUGCAAAAUGCUUCAGUGCAAUAUUCCAAAAAUUCCAGGAUGAAGGAGAGAUGUGGCAAGAAGUGCAGGCUUUGACAACAUCUCUUAGAUCAGAUACAGAAGAACCUGAUGCUGUUUUUCUGAGAGACAUGUUUUCUCAUAUUCCUUUGGAUGUGCAACACCAACUUCUUCUUAUGACAGCAGAGCACAGUGAAGACACAAUGGAACAUUGCCGUUUGCUUCUUCUUCUGCUCCGAAGGUUUCCACAGACUGUUGCUCAACAUGGGCCGAGACUUGUAGAUACCUUGAUGACAGCAGAGAAACAUAGCCAUUAUCAAAAUUCUGUGAACUGCUUCCGCAAACUACUUGUGUGUGAUCUCCUACCACUUCUGGGGUCAAAUUCAGUUGAACUUCCAGCAAAGCAACUAUUCCGAUUGUUACACAAGUCAAUAGAAUUUUACUUGUGUUACCUCAUGUCACCCAGCAAGGCAAUACAGGAUUUACCAGAGCUGGAAAGCAAGAUAGAAGAUCCAUGGAAGAACUUGUUUGUAAUUCAGGAAGCAAUGGGAAGAAAGCUAGGAUGGGAGCUUAGUGCAAUGUUUGGACACUCCUGGAACAAGGAUUUGUACUGGCAAAAGAUUAUGCAGUUCCACCAGACACGUGCAUUGCUUGGAGAUGACCAUCCAAGCCACAAGCAGCUUCUUUAUUGUAUCACAACAUUUUUUUUGCAUUGUCUGCAUGAAUAUGUAUCAACAUUGGAUUCAGGUGGUGGUGAGGUGCCUCUGGUCUUAGUUGAAGCAUUCUGUGGAGAGUCUGAUGCAGUGGGUGGAUCAGUGUCUGCAGGCACUUCUGGUGAACCGAAGCUUAAACGCAGAAAGACAGAAAUGGCUGAUGAUUCCUCAUCAUUAACACCAUUACUUACUGUGGCAAGGCCUGGAAAUAUGGUAGUUGUUCACAAUUUCCUUAUGGCUGUACGAUGUUGGGACCUGCUUCACAGUUCUGAUAGCUUAGAAAGAGACUUUACAAAGUUGAGCCAGCACUUGAAACUUGAUAGUUGGUUGAAUGGAUUCUUAAUUGAUGCCACCCUGUACAAAGGAAGGUUUGAUGAGGCAUUAAAUAAAAUAGGGAAUCUUGCUGCACUAGAUACAGGAGUCAAUGCAGCCCUGCGCAAGUAUCUCCGACUGGCCAGCACAUUAUAUUGUCAAGGUCUCUUUGCUAGAUCACUGGAGCAUAUCCUUCAAGUAGUUACAUCAUUGCCUUCAUCCAGUAUUCUGACAUCAUCUGCACAUCACUUGACAAACGUAUUGCUCCAGCCAAGUCAGUCGAACAGACAUCUUCAUUUUCUGCCCCUGACAAGACCACAAGUCUUACAGUAUUGUGUCAGACUCCUGGUUGCAGCACUCAAACACCAGUGCUUGCCAAAGUUGCGACCAGACAAUGAUUUGGCAAUUGGACACAUCAUUACACUCCUACAGUUUGACUGGCCCCUGGAAGAAGAGUUAAUGACUCACUUGAUGGAACGAAUCCGUCAAGUGGGAAGCUUUUCAUACAGCCUUUUUCAAAAUUAUAUAGUGAAUGUGGAUGUCUUAGAAGAAUUCAUGUAUCUUUCAACAGAGCAAGGUGGAUGCAUCACUUUAGAUAUUAUGCCUUCAGCCCAACUCACAAGCCAACGCAGAAUUUCAACACGUGGCGCAGACAAGGGAGUGAAGGAAGACUUCAAAUUGGCCAUGAAGAGACAAGUAGCUAGAAGCCUAGAACCUCUUGACAAUCUAAUCAUCAAGUUUUUAACUUCAGAAAGAGAUCUUUUGUUACAGUCUCUUCAAUAAAAUAUUACUUCAGUGUUA